AUGGCCUCCGAGCCGGUGCAUCCCCUUCGCAUCUCCAAAAACACGCCGACCUCUUCACCAAAGAAGAUGGCUAGCGCUCUUCCCCGUCCUCUGAGUGAGAUCUCUCCCGCAGAGAAGAGACGAAACUCGCCUAGCUGGCAUCCUUAUUCUCCCAAGAAGGCUGCGCUCCCCGGCAACGAUUCUUCGCCAUUCCAGUCCUCACCACUCGAUUCUUCCACUUCACCAAGGCUCUUCUGGCAAAACCGUAACUCUGAGAAUAUGCUCCAUGGGGGCCGCUCUGGUUCGCCAUCGCCAAAUCGUCGUUCCUCCAUUGAGCGCCUCCAGAGAGCCUCCCGCGUCAAGAACAGCAACAUCUUAGCACUGGAGCAGAAGCAAGAAUAUGACCCAACCCGAAUCCCGCAUAUCGAGAGACCGCUCGCAAAGGUCCAAGGAAGCAGCAUCUUUACGUCUUCGUCAAGCUCCAGUGGCUUCCGUUCUCCAGAUUCGGGUCACCAAGACUCCGACAACAGAUCCAGCUUUUCUAUGAUGAGCCCAUCCAAAGUGUCACCUACGCUGCCGGAGAUUCCUCAGAAGUCAGCGGGAACCUCGAGCAAGGACCAAGCAUCGCCCACGAAAUCUUCUCUUUCACCAACCAAGUUCAACAAGAACACAUUUGACCCGGAGGCCGGCACUUGGUCCGGGCACUCCUCUCUGAGCGAGAACGAGUUUUCGGAUGGUCGCUAUUUGAAUCGCCACCCGAAGAGCGUCACUUUUGACGCCGCGCCUCCCCAGAUUAACGAGUAUGAAAUGGCCACACCUGAUCUCUCAUCAGUCGGAACAAAUUCGCGUGAAGGCAGCUACGACUCUGUUGAGGACGAGGACGAGGAUCUGUACGACCCUGCUCACAUCGAGGUGGACGAGAGCUUUGACGAGUCUCUUGAGGAUACCGACAAGACGCCUGUUGUUGGCCCCGACGACUGGCGCGGCGACAGUCCCAUGAUUCACCAGGCACUUGGUGCCGACAAGUUCGAGGGCAGCCCAAUGCCGGAAACUGCUCCAAUGAUGGCUAAUACCGGCCGAACAACCCCAACAAACAAACGUUCUGACUCUGCCAACUCUAACGGAGAUCACAGGCCAUUGCCUCCCCUACCGGGCAUGGGUCACUCCAGAAGCCAGUCUUCCGGCUCAAACGGAACAUCUCCUGGACUCUCAGCUACAGCAGAGAGGAUGCUCGGUGGCUCUCACAGAAGCUUGCCAGUUCCCCCACCAGCGUUCGCGUCCAAGUCUGAUAUCCAAAAUUUUGGUAGCCAUAAGAUGACUUUGGAAGAACGACUCAAGCUCAUGAUGCUCUCUGAUGAUACCGACGCUAAAAGCGCCGCGGAGCAGCAGCGGGAGCGCAGACUCCGUCGUGGAGCCGGCCGCGAGAGAGGCGGCACUCCACACUCUGAAGCCGAUUCCGACGGUGCCUUGGAGGCACUGGAGGCAGAUGACACAAUUGGAGACAUCUCUGGGUUAGACUUUCAAAUGCCACCCAAAAUCUCGAGGGAGUCUAUUAUGCGCCGGGUGAACGGCAACAGCGCCACCGAGUGUGGUUCAGAAUAUCGUUUCUCGUCUCCCGCAGUUAGUCCUCAAAGGAGUCCGAUGCGACAAGCUGAAGCAUCUGUUAUGGAUCUGGAUCCAGAUGUCCCUAUUCCUUCAACGGAGGAUUCCUUGGUGGAGUCGGACUAUGAGCAGGAAGAUAGUGUCAUCAUCACACGAAACUCUGAGGACGGAGAGGGUCAUGUACUUGACUAUUAUGAGGAAGAGACUCUGGCAUUCGAUGAAGACGAAGAAGAAGAGGUCCAUCCUCCGGAAGAAGUGCAGCUCCAGGAGCCACGCGUUGAGACGGAAGAACCAGAGACCAUUGAGCCGGCUGAGGUUGUUUCAGUUACUGCGGAGCAAGUCUCUACAACUCAACACCUUCAAUUAGAGCCUUUCACGGGCGGAUUGGGCAUUGAUGGUAUCGACGACCCAUUCAUUUCGUCCAAGGACAUUGAGGAACCUAUCAAAAACGAACCCAAGGCCCAGGAAGAAAUUCAAAUCACUGAGCAAGAGGUUCUUGAGCCUCCCAGGAGACCCACAACCCCUACACGUCGCAUGUCAAAGCCGGAAUAUGAUGGUACCGGCUGGGGUGAACCUGAUGAUGAAUACGAAGACGUGCCUGACAGCCCUGGGUCGGUCAUUCACCACCCUGCUCCAGAAGAAGAGAGGGUUUCCCCUCCAGCUAUUCCCGAGAGAGUGGCAACCAUCAAAGCUCCCGGAGCCAAGCUCAAGACUCGUCUUUCCAAUACUCCCUCCGACCUGGCAGCUAUGCGAGAAGCUCGAAGACAGGUCAGUCGUGAGGUGCCAGAUGUACCACCUAUUCCUGAAAAGCACCGAAACCGUAUGUCUCGAGAUCUUGGCACGGAGCAAAUUUUGGAGCAAGAUGACUUUGUUGCACGACACCCAAGUUUCAAGAACCGAAGCCUUACUUUGGAUCUGGACAUGGGCCUCAGCCUUGAUCAGGACUUUGAACGAGUCAUUGAAGCCCAAAAGCGCGGUUAUCUCAUGCGACAAAAUACCAAGGUCAUUACUGCUAGUGACAAAGAUGGUGAUGAACACUGGAAGGCAAGAUCUGCUCAUAGCUCUCCCACCAAGCACAGCCGCGCGGACUCGUGGACUGUAGAGCCUUGGAAUGGGGAGACUCGCCCACGUAGCCCACGCAAGCGGGCUACCGGCACCAACGGUGCUGUUCCGCCCCUGCCUGGACAGGAAAGCAACGCCACUGCUAUCAACCAUGGGCUGGAGGAAGAUGUUCAAUCCGAAGUCGCUACUAUCGACAGCGGCGAGCGAGGCCGUCUUUUCGUCAAGGUCAUGGGAGUCAAGGACCUGGAUCUGCCUUUACCAAAGACUGAGCGAACAUGGUUCAGUCUCACAUUGGACAAUGGAGUUCACUGCGUCACCACAGCCUGGCUUGAGCUGGCGAGAAAUGCCCCCAUCGGACAAGAGUUUGAGUUGGUGGUGCCAAAUGACUUGGAAUUCCAGCUCACACUCAAUGUCAAACUAGACAAGCCUGCUUACCUCAAUAAUCAAGCAACAAGCAAGCCGGUCAAGUCCAAGGCAUCCACUUUCAGCCGCGUCUUUGCAUCUCCAAAGAAGCGCAGAGAGAUGGAACUCCGCCAGAAAGAGGAAGAGCGCAGCAAAGAGAGGCCCAGGCACGUCAGCGCAAUGGUGCCCCAUCCGGAACAUGAACACCGAUGCUUCGGCCGGCCAUACAUGGCUGAAAUUGCUUGCUUCAAUGAGUGGGCCACCGAAGAGGAGAGCUUUGCUUCCAGCGUCAAGAGCAAGCGCGGAAACGCUGCCGCCGCCGUUGUUCGACGUGCACCGUACAAGAUUGGAAAGCUCGAGCUCCAGCUGCUGUUUGUGCCCCGUCCCAAGAAUUCCACAGAUGAGGACAUGCCCAAGAGCAUGAACUCGUGCGUUCGAGAGCUCAAAGCUGCUGAGGAGAGGCUUUCUCGUAACUGGGAAGGCCAUUUGAGUCAACAAGGAGGCGACUGUCCCUACUGGCGUCGGCGAUAUUUCAAGCUUGUUGGCACCAAGUUGACUGCGUAUCACGAGGCAACAAGGCAACCAAGAGCCACAAUCAAUUUGUCCAACGCCAAGAGACUAAUUGACGACCGAAGGUCAUUGACAGAAAAGGAGACGACCGGAAAGGGCGGUAAGCGACGACGAUCUGCUUUUGCUGAAGAGGAAGAAGGGUACAUGUUUGUUGAGGAAGGCUUCCGCAUCCGCUUCAACAAUGGUGAGGUGAUUGACUUUUAUGCCGACACCGCCGAGGACAAGGACGGUUGGAUGCGAGUCUUGUCCGAAAUCCUGGGGCGAGAUAGCUCUAUGGACGAGCCUAACGGCGUUCGAUCACGGGCGAAGUGGUGUGAGAUUGUUCUUAAGCGGGAAGAGCAGCUUCGCCGCAAGGCAGAGGGCCGACGUGUAAGCUCACGAACAAAGAGCUCCCGGUCGUAA